AUGAGGUCCCUAAUGGCUUAUGCUUCUCUCACUCUUGCAUUAGCCAUACUCUUUCUAAGUUUCCCUUCUGAAAUUUCAGCAAACCGUUAUUCUUAUUCCUCACCACCACCACCAAAAGAUCCAUACCAUUACUCAUCUCCUCCACCUCCACCGGUUCACAGCUACCCUCAUCCACACCCAGUUUACCACUCUCCACCACCACCGGUUCACACUUACCCACACCCACACCCAGUUUACCACUCUCCACCACCACCACCAACACCACACAAGAAGCCAUACAAGUACCCAUCUCCCCCACCACCACCGGUGCACACCUACCCUCAUCCUCACCCUGUCUACCACUCUCCACCACCACCAACACCACACAAGAAGCCAUACAAGUAUCCAUCACCACCACCACCACCGGUUCACACCUACCGACCUCAUGUUCCCCAUCCGCUUUACCGUUCUCCUCCUCCACCAGCCUAUUACUACAAAUCACCUCCUCCACCUUACCACCACUAG